AUAAAAGGGAUGGUGGAUAUUUGGGAGGGGUUGAAUAAGGGCUAGAUUUAGUGAUACGUUUUCUGUUUAUUCAAGGAGGUUGGGAGUUAGAACAUUUUUGAUGGUCAAAAAACUCCGUGAUGCCCCAUAAGUUAUAGUUACAGAAGAUAGGUAGUUCAAGCAUUCUUACCUGACGCAUCUAAUUUACCGUUCUUUUAUCGUUAUAUAUAUAGAUAGAUAUAGAUUAUAAAUAAGAAUAUGAUAUUUUAUGGAUAGAUUUGGCCUCUCGUAGGAAGCUGAUAUUUCAGAGGUGAUAAUUUGGAUUUUAUGGCUUCAUAUAUGUUUUAAAAUCUUUCAUGUGUAGCCCAACAAAUUCAACACUGUAAGUCACUAAUUUAUCUGCAUAAGAAAGAGAAACACGGCUAGGUAGCUCAGAACAUGUCAGAAAUAUUUGUCGUGAAUAAUGAUAGAAAACUAUAUAUAUAAGUGUUUGAAGUGUAUAUACUUCCAUUAUAAUACCGUAUAUUCAGUGUAAGUAUACAUUACUGUGUAGUGUUAUUUUUUAAUAGGUGGAGCAAAUGCACUGAGCCACAGAGAAAUAAUAGUCAAAGGAAAUGAAGACAUAAAAAGCUACAACUACCCACUUCAUUAUCGUAACAACAUCAAUACCACAUUCAGAUUCAGUAUGUCCAGUAUUAACGCCUGUUGGUUGAAUCUAACAGUUGUGGAUUUUUCAGUCCAACCAAGCAACGGCUGCACUAAAGAUUAUCUACAAGUUGGCGAAGACCGUCUUUGUGACGAUUUGCCUAAAGGAUAUACGGUUUUGUGGCCUGUUGAACAAGGAAAGGACGCUUUGGCUAUUCAGUUCAUCACCGACAGUUGUAUCACCCGACGUGGAUUCUUGAUUAAGCAUAAUUUUGUAGAAUGUCAAGGUCUAAUAACAACAACUACAGAAAGACCAUCUACUUCUUCGCUCGUAUUUAACUGUCCUUUUGAAAAUGGUCUGUUCCCACACGAGAGACUGUGCAAAAAGUACUACGACUGUAAAAAUAACAUCGCAGUGUUGAAAGAAUGCCCGUCUGGAAAGUUAUUUAAGGAAGAAGUUGUUGAAAAUGAACGAUUUGCCGAUUGUGAAGAUGAAGAUAAAGUUAACUGCAAAGGAAGAGAAAAAGUAAGUCCAUUCUUGGACAUAAAAGACGCUAAGAAAUAACAAUGACACUAGAUAUGGGAACAUGAUUAUAAGAAAUGAUUCAAAUACCACAAAAGACUUUCUCGUUGACAUGGCGAUAAAUGCAGUUUGGUUGAGUGCGUGACUUGUUCAGUAGUUGCCAUAUUUCUUUAACUAAUAUUAUCAUAAACUUCAGUUAGUGGCAUACGUAGAAUUGGUAAUUUUUGAGAUGGUGUAAAAUAAAUAAGUAUAUGAAUUAUUCUAAACUGUGCUUGUAAUUAAUUAUCAAAAUAAAGGUGUUUUGAUCUACAUUUGUAGCAGUCUCUUCAACCCAUAUAUUUGUAUAGACAAAAUUGUAAAUACAUUACUAAACUCU